CACAUCGUCCUGCUACCUCAGGCCCCUUCAGGAGGUCCUGCGCGACUGACGUCUGGCAGGUACGCUUAGAACGCCCCGGAAGGUGUGGCUGAGAGAGCGGAAGUUCUAAUACGACCUCGUGGUUUCCUACGGGUCAGGCAUAUUCUGGAGUGACCACCAUUCUUUGCGAAUUGUGUGAACUAAAGCCGCGUUGCCUCCUUGAGUGAAGUUAAGGUGGGUUCCAAAUCGCCAAUCGUACCCAGGACAGCUGAGAACUUAUCGAGAGACCCGAGGCUCAUUUGACUGGUGCUCUUGAUUCCAGAUUCAGCACAGCCAUGGCUCGUGGUCCCAAGAAACACUUGAAGCGUGUGGCAGCCCCAAAGCAUUGGAUGCUUGAUAAAUUAACUGGUGUUUUUGCUCCUAGACCUUCCACAGGCCCCCACAAGCUACGAGAGUGCCUCCCUCUUAUCAUCUUUCUUAGAAAUAGACUUAAAUAUGCCUUGACAGGAGAUGAGGUAAAGAAGAUCUGCAUGCAGCGGUUCAUCAAAAUUGAUGGUAAAGUCCGUACUGAUAUUACCUAUCCUGCUGGCUUUAUGGAUGUCAUCAGCAUCGAUAAGACAGGAGAACAUUUCCGUCUGGUAUAUGACACCAAGGGCCGUUUUGCUGUUCAUCGCAUCACAGCUGAGGAGGCAAAAUAUAAAUUGUGCAAAGUGAGAAAAAUCUUUGUGGCUACAAAAGGCAUCCCUCAUCUGGUGACCCAUGAUGCCCGUACAAUCCGUUAUCCAGAUCCUUUAAUCAAAGUGAAUGACACAGUCCAGAUUGAUUUAGAGACUGGCAAGAUAACUGAUUUCAUCAAGUUUGAUACUGGCAACUUGUGUAUGGUGACUGGUGGUGCUAACUUGGGUCGAAUUGGUGUGAUCACCAACAGGGAGAAACAUCCAGGUUCUUUUGAUGUUGUCCAUGUGAAGGAUGCCAAUGGCAAUAGCUUUGCCACUAGGCUUUCAAAUAUUUUUGUUAUUGGCAAAGGUAAUAAGCCUUGGAUUUCUCUGCCUCGUGGAAAAGGUAUCCGUCUCACCAUUGCUGAAGAAAGAGAUAAGAGAUUGGCAGCCAAACAGAGUAGUGGAUAAACGAAGAUGAAGACUUCCGGGUAUAUGUGAUCAGAUAAAACUGUUAAACAUAGAAAAAAAAUGUCCCUUUUUUGUCAGAUGGAAUUCCCAUUCAAAUCAAGAACAAAUUAUCUCUAGAUAUGAUACAUGUUAUUCAGGAAUAUCAAAUUGAAACAUUACUCUUAACAGACAUCUCCUUUACUUGAGACCAGUGUGUGGUAAUACUUAGUAAUAAGUGCUUGUUAACUGGUUUUAUUUAGUACUUUAUAUUUUCUUGGACAACUAUUGAUUCUAGUUUAAUAAAACAGAAUAUAUUAUUUCUGCCAUUUAUAAUUUAGUAUUUUUGUAUGUAUUCUGUAUACAUUUGAAAAGAAUAUUUAUUCUCUGCUUAUCCUGUUCUCUGCAUAUAUUCACUGUUAACAUCCUAACUAUCAUUCUGAUGAUGGAAUGUUGACAUUGUUAUAUUUUUGUCAUUGGAAUAAAUAAAUAAAAUGAGAAUUAUUGCACAGUA